AUGAUCGCCAAGAUUCGAGAAGACGAGCGGCGAAUUAUUACCGCCCUCGAGAACACCAGCACGUCAAGAGCAGAUAAGUUAGACUCUGCAAAGGCACAAGUACAAUCCUUGCUGAAGCAAAUCAACCAAGCAAUCGAGUUUGCUGAAAAUCUGAUUCGAAGAAGCUCCAGCUCGGAUGUAAUGCAAAGCAAGAAUUGUCUAGAACAACGAUUUAAUCAUCUUGAAAACACGCCGAUCCCAGAAAUUCCGGUCAAUUCAUUCCUGAAGUUUUAUCAAACAAAAGAAGAAAAGAAUCUAACCCUUGGUUACAUAGCAACAAGUGAACCAGUAGUGGGAUUGACAAAAGAUUUCCAAGCUGGUGUUGAAUCAGAGUUUGAAGUUUACCCACAAAUACUUGGAGAAGAAGUGUUUGAAGUGAAAGUGCUUGUGGAACCCGCGGAUAAAACAGGAAGUUUGACAACUUGUGAAAAACAAGAUGGUGAUUACACCGUGAAGUUUACACCUGAAGUUCCAGGAACUUUCAAUAUCAUAAUAAAGGUAAAUGGCAAGGAGUUUGCAGGAAGUCCUUAUAUUGUCCAAGUAAAACAACGACUAAUUCAAGUUGUUGGAGGGGUAGAAAUAAAGGGAGAAACUCUUGUAAAGCUAAUCGGAAUUGCCGUAAACGGCAAAGGACAAAUCGCUAUUGCUGAUUUUGGUAAAAACUGUCUCCUGAUAACUGACAAGGAAGGAAGCUGUGUAAGAAAGGUGGGUUGUCGUGGAAACAAUGUUGGACAGCUCAACCGUCCAACAGACGUCACAUAUCUAAAUGAUGAUAACAUUCUUGUAGCGGAUCAAUUAAAUCAUCGCAUUCAACAAUUUAACGUUCAAACAGGGAACCCUGUGAAACAUUUUGGAAAUAAAGGGACAAGAGAUGGUGAUUUUCAGAACCCUGUCAGUGUUUGUGUGGAUGAAGAAGGCCGUGUUAUAGUUGCUGAUUUUCAUAACAGAAUGCAAGUUUUAUCACAGGAUGGUGAACCUUUGUUUCAAUUUGGAAACAGAGGACCAGAAAAACUAAACAAACCCAGGUCGUGUAUUUACCAUGAGAACAAGUUCAUUGUUUCUGACUGGGGUGAUGAUUGCUUGAAAGUGUUUGAUAAUACUGGGAAGUUUUUGAACAAGAUCGGCGAAGAAGGCCAGGGUGAUGGACAGUUGCUAGGGCCUAACGGACUGUGUGUCCAGAAAUGUGGCGAUCACCAUAAUCUUCUUAUUUGUAAUAGAGCCAAUGGCCGUGUUGAUCAGUUUACAGUGGACGGCUGUUUCACAGGAAAAACUGUUGUUAAGUUACAAGCCCCUACAAGAAUAACUACAACACCGGAUGGACUUAUUUUAGUUACAGACUAUGAGACCAAAAAAAUUCACAUUCUAAAAUAA